CUGAAGCUUUUUAUUCUCACACUGUGGAUUUUCCAGCAGAGACCCACAGACUCUCUGGACUGAACCGAGUCUCUGCUUUUAAAACACACCCAGCAGCAUUUUAGUAUUACUUUAGAAACUCGGCGCUUUUUUUCCAGCCGGAUCCGCUUUUAUUUCCACAUAUUUUUUUGGCCACUUUUUCCUUUUACUCCGCUUGGAUUUUACUAAGGGCGUGUUUGGGAGUUUCAGCUCCUGUACUUGUGCGACUCUGAGGAAUGACAGUAACUGGAAAGGGACUGCGAUCCGCCUGAAUGGAAACAAUGGAUUAUAAGGACCUCGGACAUAAUUUCGAGGAGAAGCUGACACUAACAGACAAGACUCUGCCCCUGCAGACAGACUGUCAGUCCAUCCAGAAUGGGGACAAAUCUUUGGGGAAAGACCUCCUGACUCCAGAGGACUCGGCCGUCUCAGACCUUUCUCCUAAAACAGACUCCAGCUCCAAGACAGAGAUCAGGACGGAUGCCUCCUCCAAGACGGAAGCUCGGCCAUCCACGCCCGGCUCAAGCAGCCCCCAGCCCAAGAAAGAUUCAGUGAGCUCGGAGCAACGACAGAAACUUGCCAGGGAGCGGAGGGAGGAGAGAGCCAGAUACAUCGAACAGCAAACUCAGCUGCAAGCUGCGAAGAAGGCCCAGUGGCUGGAGAAGGAGGAGAAAGCCCGGCGUCUGAGGGAGAGCCAGCUGGAGGAGCGCAGGAGGAAGCUGGAGGAGCAGCGGCUGAAGGCGGAGAAACGUCGAGCACUGCUGGAGGAGAAACAGAGACAGAAACUAGAAAAGAACAAGGAGAGAUACGAGGCAGCUAUCAAGAGGUCGACCAAGAAGACUUGGGCUGAGAUACGUCAGCAGAGGUGGUCCUGGGCAGGCGGACUCAACCAGACCUCCCGCAGAGAGAGCAGAUGCUCGGCCUCCACGGUCAACUUGCCGAGACAGGUGGACCCUGUCAUUAACAACAGGCUGUCCAAGUCCUCUGCCACGCUCUGGAACUCCCCCAACAGAACCCGCAGUCUGCGCCUCAGCCCGUGGGAGAGCCGGAUCGUGGAGCGGCUCAUGACGCCGACGCUGUCCUUCCUGGCCCGCAGUCGCAGCGCCGCCACCCUCCUCAACAACAGCGACUCUCGUGAGUACUCUCACCACUGCUCCCGUUCAGCCUCUGCCAGCCCGCUGAACGCCAGCUCCCAUCACCACCCGCACCAGAGCGCCGCAGAGCGCUGGAGGGUCUCCUCCGCCAGCACGCCAGACAUCACCCAGCGCCAGCGCCGACGAAACUCCACCCCGGUGGAUAAAAAGAAGAAAGAAAAGAAGGACAAAGAGAGAGAGAACGAAAAAGAGAAGAGCGCUCUCACAAAAGAGAGAGUGCAGAAGAAAAGACAGACGGCAUCACCUACAACCACAAUCCAGAGAUCCAGGCCAGAGACCAGCACCCCGAGGCCCAAAAACAGACCUCCAUCACCUGCCGCCCCCAAAAGUCGCCCCCUGUCCCCGCUUGUGCCAGCAGCGGGUGCCGCAAAGACCCCCACGGGCAAGAAAACGCCUCCUCCUCCUGGCACCAAGACCCGACCCAAACGGGCCCAGACGCCCGCCAGACUGCAGCCACAGGUGGUUUCUGCUGUCACCGUGGAAACAGGCCACGAACCCCAGCAGCCUGACACUUCAGAGGAGAAAAAGACCCCCAGUAAUGUUCCUGCCAUCGUGGUGUCCUCUGCGCCGCUCACUCCCCUUUCUCCCAGCCCGCCAGUUGUAUCGGCCUCGUCUCCAGCCGUGCCGAGCGUAGAUCCUGUUGCGGUCUCCGACGGUAAUCCUGCUCCUUCUGCCGCCACCGCCCCAGCCGUGCCGGCCAGCAGACCAUCAGCAGGCACCAACGACCCGGAGGAGGCUGCUCGCGUCCUGGCGGAGAAACGCAGACAAGCCCGAGAGCAGCGGGAGAGAGAGGAGCAGGAGCGUCUGGAGCAGGAGCACAAGAAGAGGGUCCUGCGGGAGGAGGCGAUGGCCCGGGAGGCAGAGGAGAGGAAGCGCCGAGAGGAGGAGGCUCGCUUCAUGGCCGAGCAGCAGCGACUGCAAGACAAAGCCAAGCGAGCUCAGGAGGAGAAGGAGGCGCAGGAGAGAGCGCAGGCCGAGCAGGAGGAGAACGAGCGGCUGCAGAGACAGAGGGAGGAGGCUGAAGCCAAAGCCCGCGAGGAGGCCGAGCGUCAGCGCAUAGAGCGAGAGAAACACUUCCAGAAAGAAGAGCAGGAGCGCCUGGAGAGGAAGAAGCGCCUCGAGGAGAUCAUGAAGAGGACUCGGAAAAGCGAUGCAGGAGAUAAGAAGGAUGUCAAAGGCUCUCCUCAGGUCAACGGAAAGGACACAGAGCAGAGUAAAGUCCCUGGAAUCCCGCAGGGUCCCAGUGCAUCGGUGCUCAACGCGUCACAAAGUGUUUCAGGCCCUGUUGUCGUAAACGGCAUCCAGGCCACCGCGCACCAAAACGGCGUCUCCGCCAACGGAGCCGACUUUGAGGAGAUCAUUCAACUGAACAACAGCGGCAGCGGUGGCAACCCCAGCCAGCAACAGGGCGGGCUGGUGAAUGAGCCCAUCAUGGCGUUCGAGGGAGGAGAGCCCUUCUUGAUGAAAACGGGCCCCAUGAAGCCUCAGCAUGUCGCAGAGGUCCUGUGAGUCGCCACACACCUAUGGAGACGCGCCUUACAUCUCUGCUUGAGCUAUGAGAUUCAUGCCACACCACAGCGGCUUAUAAAACAGUGUGCCAAACAAACAACCAGUGUUCAACUGCGCUGAAUUCACAUCCACAGUAUCCACAGCAGAGAACAGCGAGGAGCAGCAGAACUGGCUGAAAAACUCAUCUGAAACAUUAAAAAAAAUUUAAAUAUUCUCUGUCUUCACCGCGUGUUAUGGUGCAGCAUUAGUCAAGUUUUACUGAAAUAUCACAUGCAGAUUUUAUGGUGCACCUUAAAGAUGACUGACUGUGUAACAAAUUUUAGAGAAUACAGUAUAAGACCCUGGAAAUACAUAUUUGACAAUGGUUGUUAUUGUUGCUAUAAUAUUGUUAUUGUUACCUUAAGUUGAGCAUUGUGUGUGUGUGUGUGUGUGUUGCUGUUUUUGUCUUGAAUUAUUGAGUUAUUUAACACGGGGAGCAUUGUUAAGGACUGGCCACAGUGUAUGUAAAUGUAUAAUGAGCCCCGGCUGCCUCGGCCUCCUGUUACAGGGGAUCUGUGAAAUAAAGCUUUAUGAAAGGGA